UCGUGGAAGAUGAUCGGAAUCAGAACGAAAAAUUGGAUUCCGUUUUGGUUUUAGGAUGGAUUUGAAGUUUUCGACGAUGAAAUUUGACGAGGAGAUGCGAGGGUGAGCUCAGCCGCCUGCUACAGUUGACAAAAAAAAAAAAAUCAAAAUAAUUUUGGCUGCUUGCGAUGCUGCAAAUUAAGCAUCUUUUGUUUUGGAGAUUCUUAAAAUUACCAUCUUUUGUAAGAAUUUGAAUAAUGAGAGUCAUCUUAUUUUGCUUCACCGAACUCCCGAGACUCCGAACAAUGCAGAAGAGAGAGCAGGGCAAAUCCGGUGGCAUCGCCGGAGGCGCCACCCCGACGCCUGCCAAGCGUGGCCGACCCUUUGGCAGCACAGCAAGCAGUGCAGCCUCAGCAUCGGCAGCCGAUUCAGUAGCUCCGGCGACUCUCUUAGGCCCGUCCCUCCAAGUUCACAGCUCCUUCUUCGCUGAUCAAAAUAAUAAAAGGAUAGUUCUGGCACUUCAAAGUGGAUUGAAGAGUGAACUGAUAUGGGCCUUGAACACUCUCACCUUGCUUUCUUUCAAAGAGAAGGAUGAUAUGCGCAAAGAUUCCUGUCUCGCGAAAAUUGCUGGCUUGCUUGAUGCCCUUCUUCAAAUUAUAGACGACUGGCGUGUGAUAGCACUUCCGAAGGAACUCAGGAAGGGAACAAGGGCCAGAACAUUAGGUGCAAAUACGCAUGUAACGGGAUUUGGGAUGGAGUAUGAGGCCUUAGGCUCAAAUAGUGUUCUCCCACAGUCUGGAUUGGGGUCUGGUUCUUCUGGAACAGAUACAUCGGCACAGAAGAAUAUGACCAAAUUACGUUCUUCAGAGUGGUGGUUCGAUGAGGAUGGUCUCUUUAAUCUGGAUGAUGAGGGGCGGGCUGAAAAACAGCAGUGUGCUGUUGCUGCUUCUAAUAUAAUUCGUAACUUCUCUUUCAUGCCAGAAAAUGAAAUUGUUAUGGCCCAGCAUCGACAUUGCUUGGAAACCAUGUUCCAGUGUAUAGAAGAUCACCUUACAGAGGACGAGGAACUAGUCACAAAUGCUCUUGAGACAAUUGUAAAUUUGGCACCAUUGUUUGAUCUUCGAAUUUUUAGCUCGGCAAAGCCAUCAUACAUUAAGAUAACUGAAAAACGUGCGGUGCAAGCCAUUGUGGGGAUGCUGGGAUCUCCAGUUAAAGUCUGGCAUUGUGGAGCUGCUGAAUUUCUUGGGCGUAUGAUUAUAAAUCCUGAUAAUGAACCUUUGCUCCUUCCAUUUGUACCACAGAUAUACAAGCAAUUGGUAGAUCUUUUGAGCUUGCAGACAUAUGAAGCACAAGCAGCAGCCAUUGGCGCACUUUAUAAUCUUGUUGAUGUUAACAUGGAUUGCAGAUUGAAGCUUGCUAGCGAGAGAUGGGCAAUUGAUCGUCUACUGAAAGUGAUCAAGGCGCCACAUCCGCUGCCAGAAGUUUGCAGGAAAGCGGCAAUGAUAUUGGAGCACCUUGCAUCCGAUCCACAGAAUAGGACCUCGCUGCUGGCUUAUGAAAAUGCAUUUGCAGAAUUACUCUUCUCAGAUGGGAGACAUUCCGAUACAUUUGCCAGGAUUUUAUACGAACUGACUUCUAAACCAAACAACAAAAUGGCAGCAGCUCGUGGUAUCUGGGGCAUGUAAUCAAAACGGUAUGCAUCAUUGCUCUUGUCCAAGCUCCGAACAUGGAGAAUGUUGUAUUCAGAAAUCAGGAACACAAAACUGUAUCAUCAGUUGUACAUACUAGCUGAUUUCAGAUUUGACUCCUUAACAUUGAAAAUUGUUCUAAUUUUGUGUUUCUUAUUCAAGUUUGGCUUGUUUUCUUUGUUUCAUUCGCAUGAAAACAAUAGCAAAAGAAAACAACAUAAAAAAAUACUCCUAUAAGCUUAUCUAUGUCUCUAUUAAAUAUUGAGCAUUAUUAAAUGCUGCUUUGUAUA